GAAAAAAAAACACAACACAACAGGGCAGCUCGUUUAGAACAAUAUUAGCAUAUUGUGUGACGUGUGUGUGGUGGGCGUGGCUUCGGCAGAACUCGUGUCCAGGCAAAACACGAGCUUCUCUUAAAAAGCGCCUUUUUACAAACUAGUUGAACGGCGACGACAGAAAGGAGACGAAGGUGUGAGUGUGAGUCGGAUUUACACCUGGACAUAACAGCUCGGCUUUCAUCCUCAUAGGGACAUUUAUUACUUACUAUAUCAAAGAAAAACAAAAAGUGGCGGGUGAUUUCCGCUGAUGGAGGAUGACGAGGAGGACACACCUUUACCGUUUACAUCCAGUCCAGUCGAGAUCGCAGACACCAGACGAGAGAAUAUGCCACUGAUCCAGACCACGCCACGCUUCCGGAACUCGGGCUCCAUCCCAAACGCAGUCAGUCCGCGCCACCGUUCCCUUCACGGAGCCUUUGAAUUGGGGCUUCUGUCUGCACCAUCAGGGUCCACAGAUGAUUCACAAGCACUUCUUCACAAUUUAAUCCUCUUCCCUGGAGAAGACUCUGGUUUCACAGCUCUCGUUCCACCUGCUUCAGAGCAAUCGGGAGAAGACGACGGGCAGGAUGAAGGGAAAGGGGAAGAGAGAGAAGAGGACAGCUUGGAGGUGCAGAUCGGACGGAAGCUGCGUGAGAUCGGAGACCAUUUUCAGGAGGAGCACAUGCACCUGUAUUGGAGAAACCGACAGCCGAUGUGGUGGCGCUUAGCAACGACGCUUUACGACUAUCUGUUACCGAGGGAGUUCAUUGGACACUGAGGAGGUGAAAGGAUGAAGGAGUCCUCCGUCUCUGGGUCCUAGUGUCUGCCCUCGGGGUUACCUGUGCCCUUAAACAGGCCUUUUGAGGUGAACUUGGGAAACCGACAGGAAGCGAGAAGGAGUGCGAGUCGCCGCUGGACGGAGACGGUGUCCCACUACUGCUCGCAAAGAAGCCAUCUUUACAAUGGAGCUAGUUUUAUGUUUUUUUAUUCUUUCUUUCUUUUUUUUUUUUGUCGCUUAUUAUAAAUUUGCCUAUUAGUCUGCAAAUGCCUUACAAUGGAAGCGAAGGACUUCAGGAAAGUUCCAGAAAUUAGAAAAAAUGUGAAGGAGAAGCCUCAAAAAAACACAACAAACUUUUUAAAAUGUAUUUAUUUUUUAUUUUACUUGCUGGUUAAUAUUACUUUUUUAUUUUAUUUUAUAAUGUUUGACUUUUUCCUGUCAUAUGUUUUGAGACAGUUUUCUAACGAUCUCAGCACAAGUUUUAUUGAACAUUUCGUUCUGUUUCGGAAGGAAAAACAUCGUCACUGCACGUCUGUCGCCUUAAAAUCAAUUUAACAUCUGAGCCUUUAACCUGAGCCUUUAAGAUCCUCAGGGCCGAGAGACAUUUUCACUCGCGCUAUUAUCCAGAAGUUUUCUAUUCGCUUUUCCACCGAGACGUUUUCUCUCCGAACCGGAUGGUUUUUAAACACAUCGUUUAUCUUUUCCUGACAUCUGCUUCGUUCAGUAUCGUAAAUUACGUCCAUUUUUUACAUACAAAACUAAACUUGUAGUUUUUUUUUAUAUAUAUAGGGUUUAAAAUACUUUUAGUGCCACAUUUAACAGGUUUAAAAAUUAGAGACUUCAGGAAAUUAAACAGUAAAAUAGUGUGAGAAAUGUUUUGUAAAUGUGUUUACAGUCAGGUUUAAAAAAACUAAUUUUACUACAACAGUUUUUUACUUCGUUGUUUUUUUUUUGUAAUAAACGUUCUUAUAAAAAAUGUAACUGCAAAAUUUUUUGUAUGAAAUUUUUUCUUCAAAAGAUUUUAAAUCCUGACUGUAAAGAAAACGAUGAUGAAAUUGGAACCAAUUCAUUGCCGUAAAGGCAAUACUGUCUCCUGUCCAAUCAACAAUCAGACAGGAGAUAAAAAUCCGAUUUCGUGUCACUUGAAUAUUUCGUCUGAUGUACAAUCUGCAGUUCUGAUGAGAAACUUGGUUAAAGUUCGAGGAGCUGCGUUUCUGUCUCGAAAAAAAAAACAUCACUGCUUCUCAAACGGGUUGUAAAAAAAACUCCCUUUUUUACUUUAUUUAUCGUAAGAUUUUGUAAAGAAAAACAAAAACAAACGAAUUUUUAAAUAUUGGAGGAUAAAGAAGAGGAAGCCAUUAAUGAAAAAAAUUCUGGUGCAUGUUGUAAAAGUUUUAAACUGAGCCGAUUUCUACACAUUUUUCUUUCAGAUCGUUGAAAAACAUUUAGUUUUAUUUUAUUUACUUUUGUUUCCUUUCACAUGAACAUUUUUCUUUUACUAAUUAUUUUAACCAGAUUACGUCCCUGAUCCAAGUCCAUAAACCACUGUGAGCUGUAUUUUGUCUAAUCUAAUCUAGUUAAUUCUAAUCUAAUUCGGUUUAUUAGAAUGGAAACCAGUGACACAAAGUUCAACAUCUUUUUAUAAGAUUAGAAAUAUUCAUCUAAUAUAAACAUGUACAAUCUUAACACUCACUUUUAUAUCAAGCUUCAUAAAUAAGGGCCAGUACAUUUUAUUUCUUUAUUUAUUUAUUUAUCUAUCUGUCUAUUUAUUUAAAAAAAUUUUGACCAAAUAAAUGGCCAGUUUUCCCCCUGUAAAGAUCCUGCGUCCAAUGACGAGGCCUGAUUUUGUCACAUGACCAGCUGAUGAAUUGGACCUAACGCAUUCUUUUAUUUUCUUUCUUUCUUUCUUUCUUUCUUUCUUUCUUUUAAAUAAGGAACUUGAUGUUUGUUGGUAUGAAUAAGUUGGAAAUGAAUAAGAAUAGUAUUUAUUUAUUUUUGUUUGUAAAGUUUGUAAAAUAGGAAAUUAAUUCGUAUUCGCGCAAAUAUGAACGGUUUAUCGAUUUAUUCCUAAUUCUGAUGUUUUAAAAAAAAAAAAUCACAUUUAUUAAAUGCUUUAUUUAGGAGCGAUAGAACGGGAAGGGAACGAAAUUUGAUUAUAUUUCUAUAUGACGAUAUUCAUCGCACACACGUUUCUCUGCACUGACGGUGUGACGACGAGCUCAUGGCUUUAUUCCCGCAGCGUGAUGUGGUGAUGUGAUGAGAUCCUGAUGGCGAUACAUCAGCACAUGCCUAGAGUUUCUGUCUCUCACCUUCUUCUGUCACCACCACAAACUCUUUAUAUUUCAGUUGUGAAACAAGUCGAAUUAAUUUCUUUUAUCUGAAGUGCAAACUUUGUUUCACUCGUUAAUAUAAACGAUGAUCUUAUCAGACAAUCAGACUCUUAGACGUGCCUUAGGGCCGAACACACACCAGCUCCGUCGCUAAGCUUCACAACUUCAGAGUUCAUUUACCGCGAGCGCCUGAUCAAUCACACUGCUGCCAAACACACACACGUGCACACACACACACGUGCACACACACACACACACACACAAAGCCCAUUACAGUCACGACUCGUGCGGCUCGUUCAUGUUUCGGUGCUACACAAGAUGUCCAACUGUGUUCUAUUUUUCUAUCACGAUACCGUCCUCGCAUCCGAUCGGUUUUCUGACACGUCGGUGAUUUCUGUCAUUUGGUGAAGUAAUGGAUUCUUUUAUUAAACACGGCACUUUUGCUGGUCACUCCACAGGUCCCCUACUUAAGGGAGAAUCCUUCAGCUCCUGAUGAAGUGAUCAUGAGAACAGACCAAGCUCCAAAACUCCAGAAUGUCCUUUUAAAGCAAACACCAACACAUUACAGAUUUUAAUCCCCUCAUGUUCACGUUUUUAAGGCAGAAGAUUCAGGAAAGUGUUUUUUUUUUGCCGCAUCACUUUCACUCCCUGGCAGGAAUUUAGCUUCUUGCUAUUUUAAUGCCCUUUCAAGUGCACUGUUUAGAGAUUUCAGUGUUGUAGAAAAGCCCUUUUUAUUUUCUUCUUAAAAUUGUUCAUUUGAUGUUACAAAUGUUUUUUUUUGUUUUUUUUUAUCAUUAUGUUUGUAGAACAAAUGAUUAUAAUGUUCUGAUUCCAUUCCUACGUGGAGAUGAUGUGCUUUUUAUAGAAUAAAUGCUAAUCAUAUCACAAAUGCUGUUAAAUCUUUUUUCUAUAAUCAAUAAAGAUGUACGUUAAAAAAAA